UCGAAGAGAAAAACCGUCAAGCAGAGAAUGGGAGAACCAGCACCCUCCAGGGCAGCCCCCUCCUCCCGUCUGUCCAAAGUCUUUGACCCGUGGAACUCGUCAUCGACAGGUCACCAGCGCGCAGACCGCCAGCCCGGAUCCAGCACUGCAUGGCGCGCCUCCCGAAACGCCAAGGUGAACGGCCAGUUCCACCUUGGCCCGUCCGGCGGUCCACGUCUGAGCGAUGCACGGGAACCGGGAUCUCGCCACGUCGGGAGCGGCAGCAGGAGGAGUGUGGCUGAUAUGCUCGUCAGGCCCGGGUCCAUGCGACAGCCAGAGACCGAGGGACUGGGAGGUGCUGCCACUGCUGCUGCUACUCCUGCUGCUGAUGGAACAUCACCGACGCCGAGCGCCGACAAAGCCAUCUUCUCGGGUGUGGUCGUCUAUGUCAACGGGAGCACAUACCCCCUCAUAUCGGACCACCGACUCAAGCACCUCCUCGCCGAGAACGGCGGUCGUCUUUCCCUGCACCUGGGCAGACGUACAGUCACGCAUGUUGUCCUCGGACGGCCGAACAAUGCAUCGUCCUCGUCGUCCUCGUCGUCGCCGUCCGGGGCUCGCGGAUUCGGCGGUGGGUUGGCUGGCGGCAAGAUGCAGAGGGAGAUAGCGCGGAUGGCGGGGAGCGGUGUAAAAUAUGUUGGUGUCGAGUGGAUCCUCGAGAGUAUAGCCGCAGGCAAGAGGUUACCAGAGGCGAGAUUCGCCACCACAAAGAUUGCCCCGAGGACACAGGGAAGCGUAUACGACGUAUGUACCAAGAAGUAA